AUGGCGAAUCGCUUCAUUCUGCCCUCGUCGCCCGUGGUUCGAUGCCAAGAUCGAUUUGACCUUCUUGGCUCCGACGAGGACGAAGUGCCCUUUUGGGACCUGCUUACGGCGAUCUUGACUAGUAAAUCGGAUCCCAUACAUGAAAUUGCCUCACUUCUGGAUGCGCUGGAGAGUAUUGCUAUCUCUCUGAGAGGAUCGCUGCUAAAUGGAAAUUACGAUACGCUUCACGAGUUUUUCACCUUGUAUCUCCGAGAUGCAGUUCGUCAUGACCAGUUUUUCACCAAUUCCUGGCCAUUUCUCGUAGAUUUGGCCCUGGAAAUGCCCACCCUGUUUCCCGAUGGUACUUUACCAUCUCUCUCAGCGUCACAGGAUGAUAAUGGAAGGUCCACGGCUACUUUUUCUCGACGACAAAUUGCCUGUCUGGUAGUCCAUCAAUUUCUCUGCUCUUUACCCCCACAUCCUUGGGAUACGGAAUCAUUCGUCGAUUUACAGCCCUGGUACAUUCAAUCAAACACAUCUCAUCCAGGCGCUGUUCAUGCAUACCUGACAGCAUUAUUCACAUACCUUGAGCACCUUCAACAGCCAAUACAAGGUCACACUUCCCGAAUUGACUCGUCAAUAGAAGAGUGGCCCGUCACAUUUACACUCAGAUCGAUUGGAAGCAAUGAGGUAGAUCAGAUACUCGAGAACGAGGCGUCAAGCACUUAUCUUUCCUCGACAUCCAUCGAGAUAUGCCAUCUGGAAGAAUCACAAACGAAACCCACCUAUCUUGGUUUCCCUGACGGUGCAUGUGUGAUCUCAGCAAACAAAUGCUUUGGUUACGGUCCGACAGGUACACAAGAAGAGUUGCACGUUGGCAUUUCCCCAGAAUCCUACCCUGCCGUCCUCCUCACUCGUCCGUUAUCCGAUAACCAGGUUCUGAUUUGCCAGGGUGCAGAGCCAAUGGUCUCUAUAAAAGGGUACGGCAGAGAUGCAAGACUGGAUCAAACCCUGCCAUCUUCUAUCUCUACCCCUGAAGACAUCUACCGCUGGAAAGAUCGAACAAUGCUUUUCAUGGACGCUCUGGAAAUGGAUAUCAUUGGUGUAGAUACCAAUGCUUUCAUUCCAGACAUUCACCCUCUCACACGACUAUCCAGGGACAUGAUUCUAAAGGCAUACAAUGCCUUCCACAGUGAUGCGCAACCCUACAGUCAUAUCGUGACCGGCCUCUGGGGCUGUGGGGCGUUUGGCGGAAACAAGUACGUUAAGUGCCUUCUACAGUGGUGCGCGGCGAGCCUGGCUCAGGUUCCCGCUCUCAGAUUUGUCUUUGCCGGGUCCGGGCAACAGGAAUUUGCAGAGGAAUUUGCGCGGUUCGCACUAAGAUUGACGGGUAAGCAUGUCACAGCGAGACAGGUCUUUGAAGCUUUGGCUGCGAUGAAAGAUUUCGGCGAUAAGGUCAGCGCGCAUGGUGUUUUUGAUUACAUGGGAAAUCAGCUUGGUAUUAAAUACAAGAAUUGA